CGCUUCCAGCUGCAAGCAUUUUGACAGUUCCGCGCUACUUCUGUCAAAAGAAACUUCGUACUAUUGUUUUUCAGUAUUGCCAGGAUCAUUGUCUUCAAACCUGAUUGACACGAAUUUGAACUCACAAUGAUUAGAGAAAUGAAAAAAAUCACCAACAAGUGCAAGAGAUUUUUAUACAACCGUUUAUCCACUAAUGGCAUAUGAAUAGGACCUUAAGAAUUUUCUCAUCAUUACACAAAGAUUCAUAUAGUUAAAUUAUCAUUAGCUGAAUAUGGAUGUACUCCACGAGCAACUUGGUGUACCAAAGAAAUAUAUGUGCCGUGCAAAUGGGCGAAUAUCUAUUACGGUUCACCGAAGUUGGUUAGCUAAUUUACUUAUUGUAGGCCCUAUUACAUUUGCAACCCACGAUCAACUUUCCUUGGAAGAAAUUGCAGCUCAACCGUCACUUAACGAAUUAGGACCCAGCUGGUUACGAGUGUAUGCUAGGGUUUACCAAAAACAGCACAGAAAUGCAAUUCCACUACCAAGAGCAAGGAAUUUAGGACAAGGAAAAACAGAAUCUGAGCUAACAUUUCCUCAACUUCUACACUAUGUUAUGGAAACGAAUCACCACAAUUUAUGGAAAGAAGCAUACAAAAAGUAUUACAGCAGAUGGAACCCAGCUGAGCAUAAAGAGCAGUCUAAUAUAACAGCAACCAGUAGCGAUGUGGCUGUAAUGAAAGAUAUCAUUAAUCGCAUGUAUGGCUGCCCUAUGGUGCAACUUCAGGAUGGCAGUAUUAUAACAGUGACACCCGGGUCUAGUUGGGAUCCACACUGUAACUUAUUACCAGCAUUAUUGAUAGUGGAAACGGCCUCUACAUUCAUUACAAUGCAUGAACAGACUGCUAAAUAUUCCCUUCAAGAAUCAGUGACAUACAGUCCAGCAGCAUUAUCUUCGAGUCACAGCAAACCGCUUUUUAUUGUCUACCAGUUACUCCGUCUACUGAGAGACAUGCAUGAUAGAGGACUAGCACUUGGAGAGAUAACACUAAGAGACAUCUUGCUGACUGAUAAUUUUACUAUUCAGGUCCUGCCAAAAAUAAGUGACAAUGUAUAUUUAAAACCACAACACGAGUGCGGAAACUUGACAAAUAUUCAUAGUCAACGAAAGUCCAAGUGUUACGACCAUAGCAAAGACACAAAAGUGUCAUAUGAGCACAGUAAAAAUUCUUGUAGCCCGAUGUUUGGAAUGAAUGAGAACAUUGAUAAGCUGUGCGAAAUGUGGGUACAGGGGAAAAUAAGUAAUUUUGAUUAUUUAACUGCACUGAACAACGUAGCUGGAAGGAGAUACGGAGAUCCAUCUUGUCAUCAUGUCAUGCCUUGGGUAACAGACUUUACAUCACGUUGUGGUGGAAAUUGGCGGGAUCUUACAAAAUCGAAGUUCCGUCUCAACAAAGGAGAUAGACAGUUGGAUCUCACGUUUGACUCGCAUGUGACUGAGGUUGGACACCAUGUUUCGGAUGUUCUUUCAGAGAUAACUUAUUACGUCUAUCUUUCUCGACGUUACACCCGGUCUGUUUUGUGCAAGCAUGUAAGGCCGCAGUGGGUUCCUUGGGAGUAUCCUGCGUCUAUCCAAAGAUUACAUCAUUGGAGUCCAGACGAAUGCAUUCCACAAUUUUUCACGGAUCCCAAUGUGUUCAAAUCCAUUCACGAAGAUCUCCCAGAUUUGGAAAUUCCAGCCUGGGCAACAUCGCCGGAAGACUUUGUGGAAAAGCAUCGAGAAGCUUUGGAGAGCUUAUAUGUUUCUGAAAGAUUACAUCACUGGAUCGAUCUCACAUUUGGCUAUAAGUUGUCGGGAUUAGCUGCGGUAAAGUCGAAAAAUGUUUGCUUACAAUUAGUGGAUAACCACAAAAACCUCACAAAUUCAGGCAUAGUGCAAUUAUUUAGUUUACCACAUCCACAAAAGAUAGUGCCUUCUCCAUAUUGGAGUAAAACUCCACCUCGUCUGCAGAAAACCAAUUUCCGAGAGAAGAUAAAAAAUGAUCGUUCCGGAGAAAGAAUUAGUGAAGACGAAGGGCACAGUUCAGGUAUUGAAGAGGACGAAUCUGUAGCAAAUGCAAACCCUUCUAGGUCUUCGCCAAUGGCUUUAAGCCGCUUGCUGAGUCGGUCUCGUGGUUCCUUACUUGCUCCAGAUGAAACUCUAAAGUCUGAUAAAUCAUUGGGGCAAAUUAUUCUCCCAAAAGAUUUCAAUCCUGUAGCGGCGCUUAUUCAGGUAGAAACGACGUAUGCGUUUCUGAACAAAGCAACUCAUCAAAUGUACAAACCAAGUUUGACGACCCAUGAUAGUUCAGCAAAUUACAAACAGAUUAUUGCAUCUAGUCGGAUUAAAGAACAACAAAUACUCGGAUGUCUGAUAGUCGAAAUAUUCCUUUCUUCGAAGCUUAGAGCCUCGGCAAAAGCUGGUCGUAUGACGUUCAGUGAAAGAUUCACCUCGUGUUUAAGCCUGUUGAAAGCAUCCCCAGAUGCUUUGCCGAGAUGUGUGAGAAAUGCAGUAGCAUUGUUGCUCCAGGCCGAUGUUAUACCCAAAAGCUACAAUCUAGAAAAUAUGGAAACAAGCAAUACCACUGCCAAUUUAAAUAGCCCACAGUUUCGUUAUUUGACUGUAACAAACAUAGGUUUACCUCCACCGUCUGCCCAUCAGUUGCUGCAGUCGAUUUUAUCCGGGAGCUUAUUUCCAUUUCCUAAAUACUUUCAGCGAUUAUUUGGUAUUGUUGAAAUGCUGCAAGAAUAUAACAGUCUCGUUCAAAGUUUGAAUCUGGUCACACAUGCAGCUAAAGAUAGUGACUUGAUGUCCUUUACUCGUACGCAAUAUCUCUGCAAAAUCAGUGAGUGUAAAGUUAAAGCAAUAGCAAGAGAUUUGGAAGAUCUUCUCCCCGAAAUGGGUGCCACAUCCGAAGCUUAUCUGGAAUUAAUAGUGCCACACAUUCGUCAAAUAAUGGAGGAACCAUACUGCGCUGUUUUAGCAGCUUGGUAUUUAUUUGACCCCAUUGCUAAGGUUAUUGGUCCAAAGCACUCUGCAGCAGCCCUAUUAGACCCCAUUGUUAAGCUGUAUGAAAACGGUUCCAUCAUGGACAACGAAUCUCAAAUAGAUAUUCUGUCUUCCGCAUCUCCAGCUAAGCACAGAACGGUUAGAUUAUAUCACCGUAGUUUCCUUUUGAAACUUAUGGUCAGACUUGGGCUACGACGAUUUUUAGACAAUUUUAUAACACCACUAGUUGAGGCUGUAGGAGGUUACAGAGACGACUUGCAGAGCCUCACAAAUUUUAAUCAUUGCCGAACUGGAAAUUUGAAAAGUUGCGACCUGAGUGGCAGUUGCAGCGAUGCUGAAGCAAUGUUAUCGCCAUUGGAUGAGGAUUCUUCGUGUGAUUCUGAUAGAAACGGCUCAACUUCAGUCGGCCAGCCGAGCAAUGACAAUAAAAUAUUGCCAAUGAAUGACAAUGAGAUAGAAGAAGUCUUCGUUUUAGAGACAGAAGAAAGCUCUCCCUCUUCUACGGCUGGUGUACCCUAUAAUAUAGAUGUACAUCUGGAACUGAAUCUAAGUCUGAAUGAUCUGUCCGAAGAUAUGACUAAAAAUUCACCACCUGGUAGCAUGAAGUCUCCGACGAUACCUAUACCCAGACGAGCCGAGGGUGGUAAAUUAGUAACUGGAUUUAACAGUAUAGGUUGUCAUGUUGGAAGCAAAACCUCUAGCGAAGAUAUACCAAUGGGCAGUAAUUCAUACGUAGGUAACAUUGCUCUAGGAAAUAAAACUGUCGAUAGCCUAGGCACAACAAAUAUUGACAGUGAAAAAGGUUUUAUUUCACACUGUGAAACUGACGACCUGCUGGAAACCACAGACAAUGAGGAAGUGGCACAGAUGGAAUUGCCCUUGGCUAAGAUAGUUCCGAUUGAUUGCAAAGUAUCUGAAAUGAGUGCAGAAUCUGUGAUUUGGCUGUCCCAUCGGUUGGGACCAGUUUUGACAGCUCGUUAUCUCUCAAGGAACCUUCUCAGGAUGUUGACCUUGUGCUACACGGGCACAGAAAACCUGCAACCCUUGCCUGAGGAUGAGAUUGAUCUAACGGGGCAGUGCAGAUGGUCAAAGACGACUUUGGUAGGGGAUCAAAAUGCAACCAAGGUUCUUGAAUGCCUUACUGCGAUUGCAGGCCUGUAUGGAGAGCAAAUUAUUUUACUUCAAUACCUUGGUCACAUGGUGGAAUUAUUGGCUUUGUGCAAACGCAAGUUGACUCCAAAUUUGGAGGGUGGCUUAGUAUCUUGUCUAGCUCUUUUGACACAUAUAAUAGCAUUUCUGAGUGACUCUGCUUUAAUGGAUGCCCUGCACGAAAUCAUACUCAGGUCCAUUUUACAUCCAGCUGUUAGAAUACUUUCAACGACUCGUUAUACUUUUCCAAAUGGCACAAUUGCCCGCAGUGCAUUGGCAGAUAAAUAUAUAGCUGUGGCAUUUUGCCUAAGUCAAAGAUUGGGAUCAGAGAUGAGUAAAACUCAAAUAGCAGUCUCUAUCCAACGCUUUUUCUUAGCGUUUGACAAGGCAUAUGAGCAAGUUAGUCAAAAUGUAUUUGUAGAAGAUAUCGAACAGAAGAUCGCUAGUUCUGUGAAGAGAAAUAUUCCAACCAGUUCUACGGCAAAUAGCGAAUCGUAUGAGGAAAGUAGUUACUUUGAAGUAUUGCAAGAUGGUACAACACAGGAAUGGGCUGUGAUCGGAACACCGACACGUAUUUGUGAAGUCCGUACCGGUGCUGGUGAUGAAAUAGCAGAUUCUUUCUCACCUCCAAUAGUUGAAAGUUGCGGAAUGGUUGACUCUCAAAGAAACAAGGCACUCGACGAACUAAAGUCGGUAUUCACUUCAGAGUUGGCGCAUAAGUCAUAUGUAGCUUUUUAUCGUUAUAUUGGAGAUGAUGGGAUGGAGCAGAUCUUAAAGAAUCACCAGUUAAUAAGAAAUCUCUGUUGCGAAUAUGAACAAGAGAGUCAACCUCUUGGUUCUAAUAUGGAUAUAAGUCCGGAUAGAAAACAACCGGAAAGCUUCGGAAAUAUUUCUAUCAUCGGAAACCGUAUUGAAGUGCAAAGGGAAUCUCCAUCACCGCAAUCCCAGUCUGUUGGAGAAUGUAUGUCACCUGUUAGUAGAGAGAUGAUGUCUACUAGUCGGCAUCUCCGAGGUAAUUGGUUGGCAUACUGGGAGCACGAAAUUGGUCGGCCCGACAAAGAUACUAGAUUCAAUAUAAAGCAGAUAAAGCUUCAAACUUUUACGGGGCAUACGAAUAGCGUACGAUGUCUUCAUGUACUAGACAAUGAAAACAGCUUUAUGAGUGGCGGUAGGGACAAGAGUGUAAAACUUUGGAGUCUCAGAAGCCAGGGAGAUGGCAGUGCGAUAUCACAGUGUCAGUAUACUUAUACAGGGCAUAAAAAGUCGAUCCUUGCCUUAACUUUUUUGGAAUCUCUGAGAUAUGCUGUUACAUGCGACGGAUCCAUUCAUUGUUGGGAUCCGUUCAUGGGAUCUCUACUAGGGGUGCCGGAGUGUGUUCGACCAGCACCUGUUAACACUCUAGCUGCUUGUCCUGUACCAUCGACAAUGUUGCUUGCUGCAACUACAGAUAUAACGUUGAGAGUAAUUGACUGCAGAACAUUCCAAUACGUCAAUGAAAUGAAAGUAUCAAUGAAUCCUACCGGGUUGAUUCGAUGCAUUGCAGUUGGUCCCAGCGGACAUUGGAUAGCUAUGGGUCAGGCAUCUGGUUUUCUUACAAUUUUAGACAUCCGUACCGGACUCAUAAUCGCAUCGUGGAAAGGACAUGAGUGUGAAGUAUUACAACUAGAAGCGUUGAACGAUACGACUAUCAUCAGUUCUUCUUUGGAUCAAUCUAUCGCAGUAUGGAGUGCAGUUGAUGGAAAAUUAAAAUUUCAUCUGAAAGGCACCACAGAACCGGUACACUGUUUAUCCAUAUACGAACAGGAAUUGAUUUCAGCAACAACUGCGAAUAGAAUCGGUGUUCAUACGUCAGUAGAAACAACAGCAUCAUUUUCUUCCACCAAACUACGAUCGGAUACAUUCAAAGGAGUUCUUACUGCGAUGACUUUACUUCCGUUGAAUCGUCUUCUCCUAUUAGGGGCUGACAAUGGAGGAAUUUCAUUGCUCUGUUGAAUAUCAAAUGAAAUAUACAAUGAUACAUCUCAUCAUUAUCAGUCAACAUCAUUGCGCAGCAAUUUUGACAUAAAUCUGAUAAAUGAAAACACAAUCUCGUACGUUCGUAGGUUUGGUCUAUGGCGUGGUCUCUGUGAAUAUUUAUUCCGAAUAUCAAAUUAUACAUGCGCUCUAACUAGAUGGAGUAAAUUGUAA